AUGGCGAUAAGGAAAUUGAAGAAGAAGGAGAAGGCUAGCAUGAGAGUCACGUAUCCUGAGCUGAAAAGCCUGCCCGACGGGUGGGAAUGGUUUAUUUCUGCAGAUAACGACUGCGUCGUAUACUCCCUCGAAAGAGAGCGAGUGAAAACGCAACAACAUCCAUCACAUGGCAGGCUCCCUACACCAUGGGUUUUCAAAGCCUUCGAGGACGGCGAUUGGGUCAAGCUGAGAUAUUGGAACCCACAAACAAAAAAAUCGACCCGCCAAGAUCCUCGGUAUAGUCAGGCAGCUCUCCAUGCUAUCCGACGCAAUGCGUCGAAUGUCGAAGGCCUGGAAAUUACCGCGUCUAUUAGACGAUCGGGCAUCCCUCUGGAAAAGUGUAAACGGGCUCCUAUUGGGACAAGAAACACCCGUGCCAAGUACGAGAUAAUGCAUAUCAUCGACAGAGGAGAUGGAACUGGCCCAGGCGCUAUGAACCUAGGUGUCUUUGUGGUCAGGGUCAAGGAUGGUAAUCUCAGUCGUUUGAGCGUGGAAAAGAGAUUCAAACCUGAUUGUAUUGAGUUUGCCAAGAGAGAGGUUCGAAUUCUUCACCAACUCAGACAUCCUGCGAUAUCCUUCUAUACAGCUGCAUUCUUCGACGACUGCGAACGGAUAGGCUCUCUGUACGUUGAAUUUUGUGACAGUGGAUCUUUGGAAAAUAUCAUCACAGAAUACUCCAAGAGACGGAUUGCUGGUCAAGAUGUAUUUGUUCCGGAAGGUUUCAUUUGGCACGCACUCGCUGGUCUCGUGGAUGCGUUGGCAUACCUCGCAAAUGGGCGGAGCUUUAUGGAUCAUAAUGUCACCGGCAGCGGGCGGCUUGAAGGCUGGAUGCCUAUACUACACCGAGAUAUCAAACCCGACAACAUCCUGAUACGGUCAAGAGACAGAAUCGGGACUAAAAAGUAUCCGUAUUGCAUACUCGCCGAUUUUGGUUUGGCGACUGAAGAUGUCCAAACAGGUCACCCCCUAGCAGAUGGUGGCCAGAAUUACGGUUUUAAAUGCGGAACACCGACAUGGUUUGCACCUGAACUGCGCUACAUCCCGUAUCCGGCUCGGGGCAAUAUUGAUCAUAAACAAAGGUUCCCCUCGCCUUACAGACACAGCGGAAAGACAGAUCUUUGGGCAGUUGGCGCAUGCAUCUUCAACCUGGCGGAGUGUGAAGCUUUUAGCUCAAAUGGAUCCGGGACAAGAUCAACUCACUCCAAUGCGCAUUUGGUUUUUGACCGCAUGCCCAAGGGCCUGCCUGCCGAGGAUUGGAUGCAAGGCUUAGCUUCCAACAAGGACCCAAUGCAGAUUCGGGACGAGUACUCUCCAACGCUUGGGAGAGCCAUUCUCAUAUGCACCACGGUGGAUCCCCGAAAGAGGCCCGACGCUGCUUUGGUGGUCCAAUAUCUUAAGAAAGCUAUUGUGUAUGAGGAGAUCAAGAAUCCCGAGACUGAAGAAGAUAUGCUACCUCGUUGGGCCUUGAAAGUUCACGACUACCAUGCCAGGAAACCAUUCCCAGCCUGGCCCUAUCAUCCGCCUCCGAGGGGCCAAGAGAUUCAAUAUCGAUAG